GGGAGCGCGCGACGUCACUAGCGGGCGGGAACGUGUGACGUCACCCGCGGAGCCACUCAAGAUGGCGGCGAUUUGAAAGACGGAUCGCUGGCGAGGGAGAGAAGAUGGAGCGGCCCGGAGUGGGGACCGUCCCUCGCCCAGUCCGCCGGCAUUGCGGUUUAUCAUAUUGGAUGUUUGCCGUGCAACCUCCAGAAUGGUGGUGCCUGUAAUUGAUGGAUCGGUGCAAGCAUGUAGGUCGGCUUCGGCUGGCCCAGGAUCAUUCGAUUUUAAAUCCGCAAAAAUGGCAUUGUAUGGAGUGCAACACUACCGAGUCCAUGUGGGCAUGUCUCAGCUGUUCCCAUGUUGCUUGCGGACGAUACAAUGAAGAACAUGCACUCAAACAUUUUCAGGAGAGUCAACACCCCGUGGCCUUGGAAGUAAAUGAACUGUACGUAUUUUGUUAUAUAUGUGACGACUAUGUGUUAAAUGACAAUGCCACUGGUGAUCUUAAGCUAUUGAGGAGCACAUUAAGUGCGAUCAAGAGCCAGAACUAUGACUGCACAACUCGAAGUGGUAGGACUUUACGGUCGAUGGCAAGCGGUGACGACUCUUAUCUUUCUCGAGGGUGUACGCAAGCACAACUGCGCAACGAAGAUCAGAUGUUCACAGCACUUUGGCACCGCCGUCGAUCGCUUAUGUCCAAGGUCUUCCAAUCUUGGUUUGUGCUGACACCCACGGGCAAACUGAGGCUGGAAGAAGAGCUGUCAAGAGAGGAGGCUGAAAUUAAGAGGGAAGAUGCUCGGAAAAGACGACAGGAGCUGAAACGCCGGCUGCACGAAGAGUUCUUAAGCUUGCCGCCACGUAAGAGUCUGCGUGUAAAAGAUCCCUCGUAUACAAGUGACCUGUCGACUGAAAUCGCACCUGCAAAACAUCCAGCUGGCCUGCCUUCCUGCACAGUUAGAUUGAAAAAAAUUGGUGAUUCUCCUAUUAAACGAAGGCCGACUGUCACGCCUGGUGUGACGGGACUGAGGAACUUGGGUAAUACCUGCUACAUGAACUCCAUUCUACAGGUGCUCAGCCAUUUGCAAGUGUUUUGUGAGUGCUUCUUGGAUCUGGAUUUGAGUCCGUCCCAGGAUUUGCUGGCUGGUACAGCAAAUGGGAAAACCAGGUCGUGUAGCAGGCGACCUAUUGUCGGUGAAGUCAGUUCGAGUAUAUCUCUGGAUGAGGAAAAAGGUUCGAGGCGACCCAGUUUCUCAGAAGGCCUAAGCGGGGGAGCAUCACAGAGCCAAAAUCGGGAACUCAUUCAAUUAAAGGAGCCGAACUCCAAACAUAUUACCCUGUGCCACGAACUCCACACCCUUUUCCUGGUCAUGUGGUCUGGGAAAUGGGCAUUGGUGUCUCCCUUUUCUAUGCUGCACUGCGUCUGGCGACUUAUUCCUACGUUCCGUGGCUAUGCCCAGCAGGAUGCUCAGGAGUUUCUCUGUGAGCUGCUGGAUAAAGUUCAGCAGGAACUGGAAGCUACAAAGCCAUCAGUUCAUCACAAGCGAUCAAUUCCCAUAUCACAGCGAAAACUUAUCCGAAGAGUUCUGAAUGUGAUUAACACCAUUUUCCACGGACAGCUGCUCAGCCAGGUUACUUGCCUUACCUGCGACAACAAAUCCAACACAAUUGAAUCCUUCUGGGACCUUUCUCUAGAAUUUCCCGAGCGAUACCACUGCAAUGGAAAAGAAGAUGCUUCCCCAUAUCCUUGCUUGUUGACGGAAAUGUUGGCAAAAUUCACUGAGACAGAGGCUUUGGAAGGGAAAAUUUAUGCCUGUGACCAAUGCAACAGUAAGCGCAGGAAGUCCUCUUCAAAACCAUUGAUCCUAACUGAAGCACAGAAACAGCUCGUGAUCCACAAGCUACCUCAUGUUCUGCGUCUACACCUCAAACGCUUUAGGUGGUCGGGUCGCAAUCACCGUGAGAAGAUCGGAGUCCACGUCAGCUUCGACCAGGUGUUAAACAUGGAGCCAUACUGCUGCAGAGAGUCCACAGGAGCCCUCGGGACCAAUUACUUCACGUAUGACCUGGCUGCCGUGGUCAUGCAUCACGGAAAGGGCUUUGGCUCAGGACAUUAUACAGCGUAUUGCUACAAUACGGAUGGAGGGUUGUGGGUCCAUUGCAAUGAUUCAACGGUGACUCUGUGUACUGUGGAUGAAGUUUGCAAAGCUCAAGCCUACAUCCUCUUCUAUAUUCGCCGACUUCCUGACGGCAUUGAAGUGCCUUCAUCGCCUGCCUCACCUGAUAACAAGUGAACACCAGCUACAUGACUACAGCUUGAAUACUCUGUAACAAUCACUUCCUCAACAAUACCCUGACCCAAGCAUUUUGUGGACGUACAUUUUACUGAUGAUGUUGGGACUUUCAUUUUUGAACAGAUGUGUACUUUGUUUUAUUAGUUCUGUUGUGUGUGUUUUAUUUUCCUCAGAAAUAUUUGGGUCUAGUUUGAAUGAAUGCUUUCCAUUGCUUCAUAUGCAAUAACCUUCUUAUAACGAGGACAUACAUACAAGACAGCACCUUUUUAUUUUCAUCUUAAAUUUGAUAAGUGGAAUUUAAUCGAUCAGUUAUGGAGAACAUGUACAGUUGAACAGUUCAUAGUUUGGUGAUAAAUGUUAAUGUUCCCAUCUCAGUUUCCUAAAAUGAUCCAUUCACCACCGAACCACACACCAUGGCCUACAAUAUUUGCAGAUUCAGUGUCAUCUUCUAGGCUUUGAUAUAGAAUGUGCAGGGAUCCUUGUUUUAGAUUUCUACCAAUUUCUCUGCAAUGUUAAAAUAUUUUUUCCCUUAAUAGGAAUUCAGAGUGGCGCUGCGAUUGAGUUGCUGCCUUACAGCACCAGAGACCCGGGGAUUGAUUCUGAUUACGGGUGCUGUCUGUGUGGAGUUUGCACGUUCGCCCUGUGACCUGCGUGGGUUGUCCCCAGGCGCUCCAGUUUCCUCCCACACUCCAAAGACGUACAGGAUUGUAGGUUAAUUGGUUUGGUUAAAUUGUAAAUUGUCCCCAGCGUACGUAGAAUAAAGUCGAUGUAUGGGGACUGCUGGUCGGUGCGGACUAAGUGGGCUGAAGGGCCUGUUUCUGCACUGUCUCUAAACCGGUAAACUAAAAAGUCACCCUCUUCCAGCCUUUGAAAUGGAAAAGUAAUCUUUAAUUUUAUUUCUAGAAUAAAAGGGGAUAGUAGUUAUGUUCCAGCUCUACAAUGUGCUAGUGGAAAUACAUUUGGGUGCAUGUGUUGUGGAUUCUGGAGCGUGGGACUUUCUGGAAGAAAGUGCACUAUAGUGAACCAAGGGAUGUAGUACAUCAAAUGGAGAUUAGAUAAAUGAGGGUUAAACAUUUGUGUCAUUUUGAAGACAAGUGGCUAAAUAGGUUUUCAAAAUAUUAAAAGAGAACUGCUAGGAAAGAAGAGGAGAACCUUUCCCCGUGUAUUGAGCAUUCCACAACUAGGGAGUACAUUCUACAAAUGAUAUCUGGGCCUUUGUAAAAGCACCACCCACAAGUGAAAGGUACUGUUUGAGGCAACUUCAACUAAUCCUUUACUCACUUGAAUAGGAUGGGUGAAGUAAAAGCACGGGAAUACUGGGAAUGGUCAGCUGCAUCUGUGGAGAGGGAUGAUUUCUUGCAGAAAGUUGUGUUGUUAUUUUGGACUUUCCGCAUCUAGCUUCUACGCUCGGAGAGCUGUUAGACCUCCUCUUGUUGGAGAAGGUCAUGUUGCUCGCUGGCUAGCACUUUUCAGUUCUACCGUCUAAUAUUGUCCAGCUCGUGUUCUUGGAGAUUGUCAUUGCCUAAUGUUGAUGUGCAGAUUUUUCAGUCCUGCUUUUGAAGUGUCCACCUCAAGCUGCAAGAGCGCGUGGAACUGCGUAUUUUGAGGCGAUUGUGAAAGGAAUUUAACAAUUCGACAGUGAAAACGCCCACUUUGGAUGGGUCGUUCUGGUGUCGUUAUUGUUGAAGUUGUUCAAGAUCCCUUGCAAUGACCUGGAGCUGAAGUCAUUGAUGCAAUCAGCCAUUCCUAACAUAUUCUGGUUUAGAUAAGUGAUAAUAGCAGAAUUAGGCCAUUCUGCCCAUCAAGUCUAAUCCUCCUGAUCUAUCUUUCCCUCUCAACCGCAUUCUCCUGCUUUCUCCACCAAACCUCUGACAUCCGUACUAAUCAAGAAUCUGUCAAUCUCCGCCUUAAUAAUAAUCCAUUGACCUGACCUCCACAGCCGUCUGUGGCAAUGCAUUCCACAGAUUCACCACCCUCUGACUACAGAAAUUCCUCUUCAUCUCCUUCCUAAAUGAACAUCCUUUCAUUGAGGCUAUUGCCUCUGGUCCUAGACCCUCCCACUAGUGGAAACAUCCUCUCUGCAUCCAUUCUAUCCAGGCCUUUCACUAAUCAAAGAUGUAAUUCUGCACUGAUGUAUCUCCCUUAACAAUGAGCAAACGUUGGAUGAGGGAGUGCUUUGGAAUCCCACUGACCCACAACAACACCGAAUAAUUCCACAAAUGUCAUACUCCAGCCACAAACUUGACCUAGUUUGCUGUUGAGGGUAAAUUAUGCCUAUCUUCACCAGAAAUUCCUAAAAUGCUGGAGGAACUCAUCAGGUCAGACAUCAUCUAGAAAGAGGAACGGUCGGCCGGUG